GGCUAGUCCCAGCGAGCAAGGGCUCCUCGGCCCCCCCACCCCUUUCCCAGAGGUGAGCGCCUGGAGCCAGGAGCCCGGACGCCUGGUUCUACGAGGCGCGGGGCGCCCAGCUGCCGGCCUCCCCGCUACCUGCGCGUCCCCAAGCCCAGCGGGCGAGGCCCCCGGCGCCCCGCAUCUGCUACCGCGCCAUGCUCCACCUUAGCGAGUUUUCCAGCCCCGACGCGCUCCUGGUCAAGUCCACCGAGGGCUCUUGCUCCGAACCCAGCGCCGAACUGCCCCGGCUUCCCGCUAGAGACGCGCCCGCGGCCGCCGGCUACCCCGGAGCAGGCGACUUCUUGAGCUGGGCUUUGAGCAGCUGCGGCGCCGGGGGGGACUUAGCCGACUCCUGCUUCCUGGAGGGGCCUGCGCCCACGCCCCCUCCCAGCCUCAGCUACAGCGGUAGCUUCUUCAUCCAGGCGGUACCCGAACACCCGCACGACCCGGAGGCACUCUUCAACCUCAUGUCGGGCAUCCUGGGCCUGGCACCUUUCCCUGGCCCUGAGGCGGCAGCAUCCCGGUCUCCUUUGGACGCCUCAUUUCCCACAGGCCCCGACGCUUUCCUGCCGGGUCCGCCAGACCUUUACUCUCCGGAUCUGGGCGCUGCCGCCUUCCCAGAGGCGUUCUGGGAGACCUCCCCUUCGGUGGGCGCCCCUUCACAGUGCCUCUAUGAACCUCAGCUCUCCCCACCCGACGUCAAGCCAGGCCUCCGGGCUCCUCCGGCCUCUCCAGCGCUGGACACUGCCUCGGCCUUCAAAGGUCCCUACGCCCCCUGGGAGCUACUCUCAGCCGGGGCUCCAGGGAGCUGUGGGUCACAGGGAGGCUUCCAGGCCGCCCCCGAGGCCCGUUUCCCCCCGAUGGGGGCCAAGAUCGAAGACCUGCUAUCCAUCAGCUGCCCCGCGGAGCUGCCGGCCGGGCCAGCCAACAGACUCUACCCCACGGGGGCCUACGACGCUUUUCCGUUGGCCCCGGGUGACUUAGGGGAAGGGGCCGAGGGCCUCCCGGGGCUCCUGACCCCUCCCAGUGGGGAGGGAGGGAGUAGCGGCGACGGCGGAGAGUUUCUGGCCGGUACGCAACCUCAGCUUUCCCCGCUGGGCCUCCGCAGCGCCGCGGCAGACUUCCCGAAACCUCUGGUGGCGGACAUCGCUGGGAGCAGUGGCGUGCCUGAACCUCCUGGGCCGCCGCCGCCUGCCCCAUUCCCCCCAGCCAAGGCGCGGCGCAAGGGGCGCCGGGGCGGCAAGUGCAGCGCACGCUGCUUCUGCCCGCGGCCACACGCCAAGGCCUUUGCUUGCCCGGUGGAGAGCUGUGUGCGCAGCUUUGCGCGCUCCGACGAGCUCAAUCGCCACCUGCGCAUCCACACAGGCCACAAGCCCUUCCAGUGCCGCAUCUGCCUCCGCAACUUCAGCCGCAGCGACCACCUUACCACACACGUGCGCACCCACACGGGCGAGAAGCCCUUUGCCUGCGACGUGUGCGGCCGCCGCUUCGCGCGCAGCGAUGAGAAGAAACGGCACAGCAAGGUGCACCUCAAGCAGAAGGCACGCGCCGAGGAGCGGCUCAAGGGCCUUGGCUUUUACUCGUUGGGCCUCUCCUUCGCCGCCCUGUGAAGGGUAAAUGCGUUUGUAGAUUGGGGCGCCGCCGCCGGGCGCGCACGAGAAGACCUGGCCCGCCCCCUCCUCUCCGCUCCUCUUCUCCGCACGCCCCGGGGCGGGCCUCUGGUCCUGCUUCCAGUUUCUUUGAAGAGCCCGCCGCACACGCCCCGUUCAGCACCAGCUCCGU